AUGGGAUCCGCACAAAAAGCUGUAGAGUUUGCUCCUCAGGCUGGACAGAAGCUUGAUAGGGUCUUGUACCGAAUUGACUCCGAGAUACGACGAACAGGACGAAUCUCCAGGAAAGAGGUUGAGGAUGUCAUUGGAGAGCUGAAGUACACAAAAUUCGCAUCAGGUACCCAGUCAUUGUUGGUGCUGCGCUGUUUAGGUAGUUUAUUAACCGAAGAGCUUCCAGAAGUUCGGAACAAACUUGUCCAAGAAGUCUGGGAUACUCUCUUAAAAUUCAAUGUACCCCUUGAUAUUAGUCAUUACAAUACAUUACUAAGAGUCUACAUUGAAAAUGGACAUGAAUUUUCACCCAUCGAAUUUUUAUCCGCCCUUGAAAAGGCUGGCAUUGAACCAAAUAGAGUUACAUACCAACGACUGAUAUUGCGAUACUGUCAACUAGGUGACAUAGAAGGUGCUAGUAAAAUUUUGGAGUUUAUGAAAGAAAAGGAAUUACCUGUCAAUGAAUAUGUGUUUAACUCCCUGAUCAUUGGUCAUGCACGAUCCAAUGACAUGGAAAGUGCCCAUGGUGUCCUGGGUGUGAUGAAAACUUCUGGACUGACUCCAAGUGCAGAAACUUAUAUGAAUUUAAUGGUUGGCUAUGCUGAAAAGGGUGAUAUGGAAAGCCUAGAAAAAGUCGUAAAGGAAUGUGAAUCAUCAGAUAUUUCGUUGCAGAAUCGUGGAAUACAUGGAAGUUUAUUUAUGCUUUGGCUUCCAAGGGUCACAUUCAUUGAAAAACUGGAAAAGGUCUUUGGAUACCAACAAGAUGCAAUGAACCUGAUUUAUCGCCUGAUUAAUGCAGGCUGCGAUGAAGUUGCUUACCAGAUGUUCGAAACCAUGCCAGUACCUCAAAAUCAUGAAGGGGAAAUUGCGCCUGUCGGAACUUUCUUUUUAAGACAACUCAUUAGGUCUGGCUUGAAAUUUGAUCCAGGUGGGAAGUAUUCAGUUGUUACUAUAGUUCAGUACUGUCAGAAAAUGAAGAGAGAAGGGUUGAACUUGUACGCAAUGGAGAGAUGCCUGCAAUUUGCUCUCUCAAUGGGAAGGCCAGAACUGGCAUUGCCUCUCAUGCGAGUGAUUGUGGAAGAUGGAGGCACUGUGAGGUCGCACUAUUUUUGGCCAGUUUUUGUACAAUGCUCAAAUGAAGGAGAUAAGGAAAGUGAGUAUCUGUGCAUCUGUUUGAUAUUUAUAUUGGUAGAAAUUUUUCUCUUAUAG